UUAACUUUUAAUAAAGAGAGAGAGAGACAGAUAGAGGGGCUCAACGAGUACCAAGUCUUUGGUCAAGGGGAGUUUCUCAGCUCUUUCUCUCAUUGUGUCUCAAUUUCCUCGUCCCUUCAUCGCUCUCAUUACAUCUAUCUUCCAUUUUUUUAUAGGGUUUUUCUUCUAUUUGCCAUCUUCAAGUCGAUAAGUUAAAUAAAUUUACACAAUCUUCUCUCUACACUAUUUCACUUGUCAUCAAUACAGCAUCACACUUAUUGUAAAAGCUUUCUAUCGAAAAUUUUAAUGGCUUCUGAUUCAUGGAGCUCUCGCCUCUCGACUUCUUCAAAACGCUACCAUUAUCGAUCUGAUCUGUACGAGGAAACUGAUGUAGACGAGGAUUUGAAAGCCGAGUUUUUGUGUCCGUUUUGCGCCGAGGAUUUCGACGUUGUUGGACUCUGCUGUCAUAUUGACGAGGAGCAUCCUAUUGAAGCUAAGAAUGGGGUGUGCCCAGUCUGUGCUAAACGAGUCGGAGUGGAUAUUUUUUGCCACAUUAAUAUGCAACAUGGCAACUUCUUUAAGGUGCAGCAGAAAAGGAGAUUGCGCAAGGGAGGAUCUAAUUCGGCAUUUUCACUAUUGAGAAAAGAGCUGCGAGAAGGAAGCUUACAAGCCCUUCUGGGUGGUUCUUCAUGCGUUGUUUCUUCCUCCAACUCAGAACCAGAUCCAUUGCUUUCAUCAUUUAUAUUUAAUCCACCUUCUCUGGAUGAACCUCUGAACAUACAGCCUAAUUCUUCAGUUGAAGCAGGCUUAGGGAAUAAGGGGAGCACUACUGAGGAGUUCCGGGAAAGAAAAGUCCAACAGUUCCGGCUGUCAGACAAGGACCAAGAGGAGAAGUCUCAGAGGUGCAAGUUUGUGCAGGGAGUGUUGCUGUCCACCAUUCUUGAUGAUGAGCUAUGAGUGUGGGGGAAGGGAUAAUUGCAAUGGACUUGUUAAUAUAAUAGCAAGGAAUGAGAGCAAAGUGAAGGGGAAAGAAAGAAGUAUUUAUAAAAUGAAAAUUAGCUAAACUCAGAUAAACUUUGUAUUAUUGCUGUGUUUAGAGCUCAGAUGCGCAUAAUGGAAGAUGGAAGACCGUACCUGAUUAUUUCUACUCUAUUGCGUCUUCACAUUCUGGAAUGAAACAAUCAAAAUUCAAUUGAUUCUAA